CCAAGAACAACUAUCCCCGCACGUCUACAUUGGAAGAAUUUCUGCAAAAUGUAGACGACGAUGAUGACGGAGUCGCUGAGUCUAGUUGUCAAAAGACACAGGAGACGGAUGUUGACAAUGAGAAAUCUUCUUCAGAAGUAGGAUCUAGUAGCACGAGUACUAUUAUUGGUCCACAAGGAGACGAAGAUCACAACAUGCAGCAGGGAGAUAAUCAGCUCCGUAAGCGACGAAGUCGAGGAUUAGCUUGUUUGGGUGACACUGCCACAUCUUCUUCAAAAGAAGUUUCGCAGCUGACUCCAACCUCUGCUGCUUUCGAGACUGAGCUAGCGGCACAGGCUGUGUCUGCGUCUUCAAGGAAACUAUUAAAGCAUCACGAUUACGAUUUGCAAUCGGGUGGAGGACUGGGCUUAGAGGAGAGUGUAGAUGGCACGGCUAGGGGACCAGCACGUACAACUACAGGAGAAGCAUUGCUGGGAACGCCUCCUCCACAGGAAACAAUGAGGAGUUGUUCAUCUGGUUCGGAUCCUCUAGAAGGAGGAUCCUUACCUUUCCGCUCUCCACCAGAAGUUUUCCACUACAAAGACAACAACUUCCUAACUUGCGAGUGCUGCUUUGCAGACGACUUUUGUCCUGAAGAGUGCGUUUCCUGUGUGUCUGGGGGCCAUGUCUUUUGUCGCUAUUGUGUCAAGCAGUAUAUCUCCAAUCUGACGACUGGCCAAUUUGGCACUGAGUUGACGAAGCAGUACGCUGAGGCACCAGGGCGAUUGUUGUGCUUUUGUUCUACGGAAGACUGUGACAGUUUUUUACCGCGAGAAGCGUUGGAGACUUUGGACGUUGAAGGCGAUUUGCCUGACACUUCUGAACCACUACCACUUCUAUCUCCUACCACCGAGAACGACGCUUCGAAACCACGAACUACAAUACUUUUUCCUACGAAGAUGAACAAGAAAAGCAAGCAUCUGGAUAUGCUGGAGCGGUGGUGGUUAAAGAAAAGCGUGACAGCAGGCGUGAUGAAAGGCAAAGGAGGUAGCAAGCCCACCACCAAAAGAAUCAUCCCGGUGAGGCAUCCUCUUGAGUGCAUUGAGGCGAUUGACACGCUCCUUGUCUGUCUCGGGGAAUUCUUUUUGAUAAUUUGGGGUCUUCUGAUUGCCAACGCAAAGAGUAUCUUGUUUCGAAGAAAAGCUGCUAAUGGAAAUGGCGAAAGGCCCGCAUCAUCACAGCAAGAGCAAGAAUUAGCUGUAGUGUCAGCAUCAUCAGCAUCCUCAUUUUCUUCUUCUUCAGCAUCCUCAUCUUGGUCACCGCAAGCAGCAACUGAUAACCACGGACCGUUCGGCAACACACACAAGGACAAGCAGUCUCAACCUCUCGCAAUCUACUCUGGGAAGCCCGCCUCUCCUCCGUCCGAGCCCAUCCACCUAUGUCCUUUCUGUGGUCAAGAAGCUUUUUUACCUCCGCCAGUCUGCACUUUGGUUGUCGACACUCUGGAGAAAAAGUGGAGAUCUCUUGUGGCCUAUCUCUUGCCCUUUCUUGUUGCCCAGUGCUUUGUACAGUAUUAUGUGUUGUACCCACUGUCAAUCGAAUAUGGAUUUGCCAACCCUUUUGUGAUAGUUCCGAGUCUUUGGGCAUGGUUUAGCCGGUUGGUGGAAAGAACUGUACCCAGAGAAGAGGAGAGCAUGUACAUUAUUGACAUAGACAGAAGCGUCGUCGAAGCUGGAACAGGAGCUCCUGCGGAAGCAGCUUCUUUCUAUUCCUUCAAGGCCUUUAGUACAGGAGAAACUUCGUCCUCGACUACUACGGCAAUACCCACCACAAAUGGAACUGCUUUUGGAUCGACGUCUGCGGCAACGCGUGCUGGUGCCCAGAAUUACAACAGCAAUGACGCAACCUUAUUACCAACAUCUCCAUUUUUCCAUCUCUUCACUCUGAUCUCUCUCUGGAGCUGGAUCCCGUUUCCAUUCAGCCUGCUCUUCCACGCUCUUUCUUUUGUUUGCGCUGGUUUGUCUAUCGAUAUCGCAGAGGUGGGCGCGCUGUAUUGGUACUUCACUACCAUGUUCCUUUGGUCAUGGCGGUUCCUGCGUGGCUUGUUAGUUCCGAAGGAGCUAGCUGCUCAAGAAGCGUUUUUUAGAGAGAAGUACUGGCAUGAUGAGAAAAAUUUCUUGCCGACUUGGGACUUGACCCGUUGGGCCGAAGAAUCAAAACGGACAAGCAAGCGUGGUCGAAAAAACAAGAAGGGCGGCGACCUUACUGCUCGGGAAGAACAAGAACAAGAGCAACGUGAAGGUGAGGAAGCGGAAGAGGGCAACACACUACCAUGCUCGAUUGUUGUUCGCUAUCUUCAGUCCGUCCAUGGGCAGUAUGCUUGGCGCGUUCUUGUGAGCUACGUAUACCGAAAGUUGCUGUGGGCAUUCUGUAGUCAGGAGAGGAAGACUGUGGCUCAGAGACGCGCAGCAAGGGCGAAGGAGAUCGCAGACAUGUCAAAAGAAUUGGAAAGGAGCAACUCAUCUUCUGGCGCGACAAGAAGUGCUAGACUUGGAAGAAGACGUAGAAAGGCUGCCAAUAUCGCGGAAUCCUUGUUAGGAAAGAACAUCUUCACAAGAACACUGCUGGUCAGUCUCAGACGAGACAACGCUGGUCCCCGUGUUGGCUUGAGUGGAAAUGAAAAUGACGACAGUUGUCGUGAUGAAGAAGGUUCUCCCUAUUCUUGCCAACUACCAGUACUAUACGCAGAGGACCAAGGCCUCAACUACAAUGAUGAUGACGGCCCCGACUACAAUGAAAAACGCGUACCGCAAAAUAUCCGCUGUCGAAACCCCAACUGUGCUGUCUUGUUUUGCAGUCUGUGUCAUCAGGAGGCGCACUACUUCCCGAACUUUUGCUGGGCGCCGACAGGUGCAAAGGGAGAACUAGAACAAACAGGAACCAGCCUUGUAUUUAAGACAACAUUCGUUCCUACAGUAGUUGUGCAUCUGAAUGGUUCCGGUAUUUUUGGUAUAACCUGAAUUUGAUCAUAAGGGAAAACAAGAAGAGAACCCUUAGGAUCAAACUCAGGUUACCAAAUACCAGAACCAUACAGCAUCUGCGUCCUGAGAUCAGCACCAUCCUACGCUUUUCUUCACCUUCGCGUAGUUAUAGAUAGAAAUAAGUGCAAGAGCGGCCAAGGAUGAUGCUAUCACGUCGGAUGCAAAUGCACUGCAGCUCGUGUUCUAAUCUAUCCAUCAGAGCCUGUCCUCAUAUCAGCUUAUUGGAUGCCACGACAGAAGCGAGCAGGGACAGCUUCAUCCAGUUUGUGUCAGAAAAAAUGAGCCAGAAAAAAGUUCGCUACUGUCCGGAUUGUGGAUUACAGUACUAUUAAGAACUUCAACUUUUCUUGCGUGAGCGUGUAUUACCCUAUGUCGUGUACUUCUGUAGUUUCGCACUCGCGUGUCUUACCCUAUGUAUACUUCUGUAGUUCUUCACUUGAUGUCGGACGAUGUUUUAGACUUUCUUGUUCACAAUGACAAUGAUGUCAAGAAGCAGAUGUUGAUGCACAUGCACUUCUUCUACUUUGAUAUCUCUGCAUUAGCUCUUUCCUCAAUCUCUCAGAUUCACGAAGCAAGACGGUUGCAACAAGAUGAAAUGCCCAGAGUGUGCCUGUGUCAUGUGUUAUGUUUGCCGCACGAAACUCACUGGCUAUCACCACUUCUGCCAGCAUCCUUUAGACCCUUCCUCGGGAGAAAAAUUCUGUCGAAAAUGCGACAAGUGUCCACUUUGGAAAGAUUUUGAUGACCAACUCGUGAAGCAAGCAGGCGAUACGGCAGUGAGAAUGUAUGAGGAUAGAUUCCCAGAUUUUAGACAGAAGAUAUUUCCUUUUGGGACUAGAUGGGGGAAGGGUGAGAUAGUGAUAAAUGGAGCGAGCUUUUGGCUGUAAAUGUGAGGUGGCCAGAGCUCUUGGCUGUGAUUGAUGUGAGGGGACACGAACAGUGAAACUGUCAUCACUUGAAAGGGCACGAAAAACUGCAGAAUUGAUUUGGAACAAUUAUAAUAAUAAUAGGUAGCUACAGUAUCAGUAGUUACGGGAUUCCGAUUAGGUGUAGGCGACGAGGCGGGACCCAUUUUGGUGAGCAGUCGGGACGCACUUCACAGUGCGUUCCGAUACAUACGAAUAAGGCGAAGAACCAUUCCACCUCCACAGUUGGUCCUCUGGCUCGCAAAAGUAUCACUCUUCACCAUGUGCAAGAUGUGCUUUGGAAUUCGUAGGCACGAUCCUCGAGGGCAUGAUUAAGACAACAGGAAGGUGUGUCGUGUUUUGGUGUCUGCGCUGACCCAUCUUCAGGUCGUACGAGGCGGGGAUCUUGAGUCAAGAAGAGGUGCAGAAUAAAGAGGAAUGGAUGAUCUACCACCUUGCCGAGAGAAGAAGAUCCAACAAAGCGAGCGCCAUAUGAUGAAGAUCCCACUGAUAACAUGAGAAAGCGAAGAUCUCCAGGCCUAUGUGAGUGCAUCACGAUCUUGAUGUAGUUGCUCACACAUAGUUGCUCUUAUUGACACUUUAUGUUCAUGUGCUUGUUUACGUCAUAUUCAUCCUGAUCCCCGUCAUCCCUUCGUUUUCCAUGACAACUACAUACACA